ACAACUAAAAUGACACCAUCAACAAUUAAAACGACUCCAUCAACAACUAAAAUGACACCAUCAACAAUUACAAGGACUCCAUCAACAACUGCCACAUUGACACCAUCGGCAUCAGCAACUAAAGUCAUCAUAGAUGACAACGUAACAAAAGCUGAAACGUCUUCUAACUACAUACUGGACUCGACAUCGCCACAACCUAUCGUGCUAGAUACACGGGAAUCUAAUGUCAAAUUCAUACAACCUACAUUGGUCACAUUCACAGUCGGGUUAUCAAAACCGUUGGAUGUUCUAUUGAAAGAUGUCAUUGUUUAUAACAAAGUUGUAUCUAAUGUUGGAGACGACUAUAACAACAGUACUGGUGUUUUCAGAUGCAACAUAGCAGGUAUAUACUACUUCCAAAUUCACGGUGCUGCUGGCGAAGGGAAAGAACUGAGUCUGUCUCUUGUUAAAAACAAAACAAGAGUUAUCUCGCUGUACAGCAGUACAAAUCAGGAGUUGUCCCUCGCUGCCAACUCCGCAGUGUUGCUGUUGGAGGCUGGUGAUGAGGUCUUUGUUGAAGCUUCCAACUGUGGUAGUCUGUACGGAGAGGAGCAUCACGUGAUCAACACUUUCUCUGGUUUCCUGCUAGGCACCUCCAUCGCCAACGCUUAAAACA